GAGGCGGAGCCGGAGCCGUGGGCUGGGAGGUUGUGGGCUAAGAUCCUGGUGUGGGUAUGAUGGGCAUGUGUUUCCUCAACCACCUAUCGGGCUCGUUACUCUCCCGGGCGGCCGGCGCGCGUCGUGCAGCAACGGUGGGAGGCAGAGGGUGCCUGGAAGCAGGUCUAGAGUGGACGCUUGGCAGAGCCCGCGGUAUCAGAAGCACCGCUGUCGCUAUGGCCCCGAUCAAGGUGGGAGAUGCCAUCCCGUCCGUGGUGGUGUUCGAAGGGCAGCCUGGGAACAAGGUGGACCUGGCGGAGCUGUUCAAGGGCAAGAAGGGUGUGCUGUUCGGAGUCCCUGGGGCCUUCACCCCUGGUUGUUCCAAGACCCACCUGCCAGGGUUCGUGGAGCAGGCUGGAGCACUGAAGGCCAAGGGGGCCCAGGUGGUGGCGUGCCUGAGUGUUAAUGAUGUCUUUGUGACCGAGGAGUGGGGCCGAGCCCACAAGGCAGAAGGCAAGGUUCGGCUCCUGGCUGACCCCACUGGGACCUUCGGGAAGGAGACAGAUUUGUUGCUGGAUGAUUCCUUGGUGUCCCUCUUUGGGAAUCGGAGGCUCAAGAGGUUCUCCAUGGUGAUAGACAAUGGUGUCGUGAAGUCCCUGAAUGUGGAGCCAGACGGCACAGGCCUCACCUGCAGCCUGGCCCCCAACAUCCUGUCGCAGCUCUGAGGUCCUGGGCCUAGACACACGUCCUCCACCCUUUCCCGAUUCAUCUGCCCAGCCCUGCCUGAGUUCAGGCCACCCAGUUGAAGCCUUGGCCAGAUUUCUGCAAUAAACACGUUUGGUUCA